AUGACCCUGACGCCUAUAUCUAACGAGGAGCUGACUCAGGGUGAGGAGAUUCCUCAAGGCGUGCCUCCGAACAGGAAUAUUCCUAAAAGAGUGGAAAUUAGCAAAUCUGGUCCUAAUCCUGAUAACGGGCAAAAAAGCCAUGGACCCACCAUCGCCGCUCAGACUACCGAACGAAAUGGGGAGCUCCUAGCAAGAAUUGUCGCCAAUAGGAUUACCACUCACCUGUCACACACAGGCCCAGAUUUCUUAGACAACCAGUUUGGGUUUCGUUUUGAGCGCUCAACCAUAGAUGCCAUCGACGGGGUUGUGAAAUUCGCGCAGUCGGCUAUCUCCCAGGGAGGGGUCACGCUCGCGAUGACAAUUAACAACAUCAAUGCCUUCAACCUCUACUCUGGAGUAAAAUCACAACAGCUUUGA